AUGGCGAGCGUGGUGCAGGGGAAAGCUCAGACGUUGCUGGAGUGUGAGAACCGCGACAACACUGGCAUGAGCAAGUUGGUUGACGUGGUAGUUCCAGGCUACGGGCUCUUCAACGUCGCGCGGGAGGACGUGGUGACCUGUCCGAUCGGGUGGGCCUUCGGACUCGAAUACUUGUGUGACAUGGACUAUGACAUGUUGAUGAACGCCAUACUUGCAUCGUGUCCGAAGCUGACGGACCUGACGAUCCAAGCCUCCUACGUGGAUUUGAGCCGCCUGGUCACCACUUUUGAACAUUUUCAAAGCGUCGAGACUAUGGCAGGAAUUUCGUCUUUAACCCUGCUCAAGGUUGAUGACAUCGGGCUGGAUCACGGUGUGAGAUUCGCCGAGCUGCUCGGCGACCCAAGUUCUCGUCUCGCACGGCAUUUGAAGGAGCUGUACAUCACGUCGCGGGACAAACACGAAGCUCAAGAAGCUGGAGCUCAUGACCCCUCCAAUGUUCUGAGGCAGUGGAAACUGCGCUUCCGCCAAUUUCACGGACAAGUUCUGCCACCAGAGCCCUUGGGAAUGGCAGCCAAGCUUGCGUUCCUCACCGCGACAAGCAUCAGAGCCGAAGUCGAGGAUGACAAGGAGCCGCCAUCCAUUCAACGAUUGGAUCAACGUGUGCUCUCGCUUGUGUUGACGUUCGCUGCCACCCGAGUGGUUCGAUCCGUGACACUGUUUUACCGCCUCUGA